AUGCUGCGGAGAUGGAGAGUACAAGGAAGGAAACCCAAAUAUAUUCCCACGAAAUUUUUGAAGAGAAAAUGGCAAACAUGGCAACCGGGCGGAAAAUACAAGGCCGUUCGCAAUCGAGAUCUCUCCUCCACGAAUACGGCGUACAAUGGCAAUGAGAUCGGUGGAGAAACAGAAACUGGGGCAGGAGUCGACCGCAACACCAGCGUGCGCAGUGUCAUCACACUUCCGGCAUACUCGAGGACGCCAAAGGACACUGAACAAGUACUUGGGAGAGAAGGCGAAAGAGCUGGCAUGGACACCGUGGUGGAAUUCCCGGAGACCGCCGACGAAGAAGAAACCCGCCGUGAAGACCAGAUGGAGUCAUUGUACCAAAUUCGAUUGGCACGCCGCCGCGAAAUUGCGGAACGAGAAGAACGGCGGCGGGAACGAAGAGAAGCUCGCGAGAGAGGAGAUACAGCUCGACUAGAGCAGCUGAGGCGAGAAUCCCGCCAGCGUGCAAACGAGAGCUCUACAUCCCUUAAUGGCGGUGUCAGUGUCUCUGCAGCCACCCUGAUUGCAGAGCAUCAGUCUCGCGGACGAGAACGAAGGGUAUCAAGCGUUGCAUAUGCUUCGUUGGGAGAGGUACGACAUGACGGUACCCGGAUUCGAGCAAAUAGUAAUGACUCCGAGCGAGGUGGACUGUUAAGUGGAGCAGCUCCUAUGGGCGAAAUUGACGGACGGCCUCGUCUCCUAUCGGACGCUACAUCGAUACACAGCCGCGGACGUUCAACCAGCGCUGUGAGUGUAUCAACGAUGGGUUCCGACGUGGAACCUCAGCCGACACCAGGCUCAACUAUUCCCGACGACAUCAACCGGCGCCAAAGUGACGAGCCUCAAAGCGGUGGUACGUCUAACUCUUCUCCUACAGCCAACAGGUUCACGCCAGAUGAAAGCACCGGAUCAGACGACAUUGGAGAUGCGCGCAUCCCACUACCUUCCGACGUUCAUGACGCAAAUCAGCCACCCGACUACGAAUUCCUGGACUGGGGUGACGCUCCUUCAUACGAGGCGGCGGUUGCUCGCCGUGCCGCAAGCAACGCCAGCCGUGCUGCGGGUAUUCCGACAAGGGCUCCCACGAAUGCAAGCGUUGCACCUCAACUGCCACAGCUCAACCUUCCUAGGAUUAGUGUGUCUGGGGCCACAGAGCCAAAUACGCCUGUGUCGCCGGACGUGCAAUCGGCUCCUCCAUCCAACACUGGAAUCACCCAAGUCUCGCCUGUAGCAACGACGAACAUCCAUGCAGUGGUCGAGCACUCUAGAACGGAAAUCAGCUCUAAUCCUACAUGA